GCCUGGGGGCGGAAAAAGGGCAGUUCCCAGGAAAUCGGUUAAUGAAAGACCAAAACCACCAGCGGGUCGAUCGGCGAGGCUCUCUGGGGUCAGGCAGCCCCGGCAGCCCCCCGCCGCAGGGAUGAGGUUCCCACUAGCCCUCUGCCUGGGCUUGGUGGCCCUGGCCACCGCCAGCCAGUCCCCGCUGCAGCGGCGGGUGGUGAAGGAAGUGCUGGAAUAUUUCCACAGCCGCAGCAACGUGCAGUUCUUCUUCAAGGAGCAGGCGGUGGAAGGGGCUGUCGAGCGGGAAGACCCCUCGGGGACGUUUGUCCAGUUGCGCGUCAGCCUGGUGCAGACGGCCUGUGGGAAGAGGGCACCGCGGCGGCAGAACUGCAGGACCCUGGAGAACCGGAGGAAGCCGACCUGCCUGGCUUGCUACAAGUUUGACAGCGGUGAUGUCCCCAAGGUGCUGGACAAGUACCAGAACUGCGGCCCCAGCCAUCACCUGGCAGUGAAGGAGAUCAAACACCGAGACGAGGCGGAGUGCAGGGCGGUGGAGGAGGCCGGCAAGUCGGUGGACGUGCUUUACCUCCCCGGCAUGUACGCCUUCUCCAAGGGGCUGCCAGCCUAGGCGGCCGUCCCCACGUCCCCACACGGCCACCAUCUCCACCAGCCCGAGGAGACGGACGCUGCCACGGGGGACCGGCCCGGCCCCCCCCGCUUGCCACCCCCCAGCACUGUGUGACCAAAGGACGGUCCUGGACACGUUCCCUCCCCACCUGCCCCCCAGCUCACCAGUAAACCCCGGCUCUGGC